CCUCUCAAUCUCGGGCAUAUUUAAUGAUAAAAAACGCCUUUGAGGCGCACUCGUAUUUCACUGUACGUUCAGGUUUCUAGUUGCACAUAUCGAAUUUGGGAAACGUCAACAUGUGUGAGGAAGAAAACAACAAGUUAUGCGGAUACCUUCAACACAAAGGGAAAAAGCGGCUCAUUUCCAUGUGGCGUCGGUGGUACUGCGUCCUAAAUGGACGCCUACUUUUAUUUUAUCGCUCCGAGGCCGAUUAUUUAAAGUUGGGCAAAUUCCACGAGCGUCUCGAUUUAGGACUGGUCUACGAUGUUUUACCAGCACUCGGCGUCGAGAAUGGAAUUCAAAUCUCUACUCACACUGGACCUCACUGGCUGAGAACCACAGAUGAAAAAUCAUGUGAACUUUGGUUACAAGCGUUACAAGCGUCGAUCGUAUUGCGACGACAAGGAUCAACUUUAAGGAAAUCAAAAACGGGAUCUUCCGACCCUCACGUGAAUGUUCAAUCUCCCGUUUCGAAUCGAAAUCGUAAAGCUAAAUCAACGAUGAGCGACGUUUUGCUUACGACUGAAGAGCGUGAAACAACAGAUAAGAAAAUGGGAAGCCCAUUUUCAAGAUUUUCGCUCGGUUUCAUUCCCGGCCACGGGAAAAAAUACAGCACGUAUGACAGCAAUCGGUCAUUUUUCCGUGUCGAACUAUCGCCAAAUGAAGAAUGGGACAGGAAAGAAAAAGCAGAAGAUGACAAAAAAAUCAGCGAAACUCCUAAACUUAGAAAGAAAAACGUAAAGCAAGUUCGACCCCUGAGCGAGAGCGUUUCGAAUUUCUUGCUGUUAAACAGCAAAAGCUCUGAAAACGUGGCGGAAACCAAGAUCGAACCAGUUAAAACAGUUAACAAAAAGAAGGGUUUACCAUCCGUUCCCAAACUGCCCACUAGUUUUGGUGUAGGAAAGCUUCUAUCUCACUUGCAGACGCCUAAUUCGGGCAGCAGUUCUAGAAGGCAUAGCAAAAGCAUGAACAGUCUUCUCGAAGCCUGCAAUGCUGUUGAGCACAAACAACAGAAAUCAGUUUCCCAAUCAAAUUUCGAUGUCAACGCGGACGCAACUUUGUUCCCUAAAAAGGACGAUAUUCUAUCAAAACGGAAUUCAGACACAAUUAGGGUCGACUGUCAGGAUAUCGUUGACGACGUGGUAGAUAAAAAAGACGUUGUUCCGGACGAAACCGACUGCAAAAAAGGACCAGAAGGAAGUCAACAGGAGGACAAGGUAACUGUAGCUUCCAGUGAACAACAGAGCUCAGCUUGUGCUGAUGGCAACGAAGAUCCCGAAUCGCUGGAUGAUAAAAAGAAAGGCGGUAAAAAGACGAAGGAUAUAACCCGUCGGAAAUCCGGAUUAGCAAUGCUGAAACAGUUCUUUAUGUCGGCCAAAAUCAGUAUGAAACGCAAGGGAGAAUCCGUGGACAAGGAUAAGCUCUGCGUUAACGACCGCAGUCGCAAAAGUAGCAACGAAAGUGCGGUGGCAUCAGAGAAAAGUUCGGCGAGAACGUCGCUGAUUCUCGAAUCAGACCAGCAACAGCUCACGGUAAAGAACGAUGUGAUUACUGAAGAACAGAAGCGACAAGAGCAUCAGUCGAAAGAGGAGACGCAUAAAAAAGAGCAGUUGGUGGAACUCAUCGAACGUGAAGUGGCCGAAGUGCCCGUAAUUUCAGUCCUCCAACGGCACGAAUCUCGAAAAUCGGAAGGUGAAAAGUCUGUCCAGGAAGAAGCUUUCGUUUCCGAAAACGCAUAUACUUACGAAGCUACAGUAAUUGAAAUUAUGGAGCCCCAAUCACCUGGCCUCGUUCAACCGGAAUACUUCGAUCCAACACCCGCUGAUCCAUGCCAAGACAUCAUUACGGUUCCAAUCCAAUCAUCUCGAAACUCUUCCGAGUUGACACUAUCCCUUGAAAAUGAGAAACCUGCCAGGAAAAAGUCGGUGAUCUCUUGCGGGAAUGUUACCAAAGAGGAUCUAGAGGUGGAGGAACUCAAACCAUUCUUACCUUUAAAAACUAAAGUGAAAUGCCCGUCGCCUGGGUACGACAUACCUCGCAGCAGCCCCAUCUCUGUGCCCUGUUUCGAAGAAAUCGAACGCGCAGUAAAUCCGGAGGACGUGAUUGAAUAUUCUUGUGUUGCUGCUGACGACGAUCCAAAGGCAGUCGAGAAACCGGAGGAACCAGAACCUUCCAAGAAGGCUGACGAGUUGAAACCGGAGGCACCAGAACCUUCCAAGAAGGCUGACGAGUUGAAACCGGAGGAAUCAGAACCUUCCAUGAAGGCUGACGACUCGAAACCGGAUGUGGUGGCUGAAGAUUGCAAUGCAUCGCAGACCAGUCGUAAGAGCGUCCGCAAACUAACUCCAUUGAUCCAGAUAUUCGAUCAAGGUUCAAAUCCGAAGGCGCCGGACGCUACGUCAUUGAGGCAUUCCUUCAGUAAGACGAAAGCUUUCGAAAAAAGAAUUAGUUUUGCUCAGGCGGAAACUGAAACAGUCCAAGAAGAGGUGGUACAAAUUCUUCCAUCCGAUCCAUUCGAAUAACACAUUUGCUGGACAGAUGUUUUCGCUUUAGCAUUCACCACGCCAUUCCUACUUGUUCUUGUUUUUCUAAUUUAUGCUCUCGUUUCAUUUCUAACAAAUAAACAGAAUUAAUAAACUCGUAAUUAACUUGAAAUGACAGUGAGUGAAUGUGUCCUUUGAAACCCAAUAUGUUGGAUGUUUAACAGAAUCACUCCAAGUAAACGGUUGCCACAAAUCCAAUUCUGUAGAUCUUUUGUUUUAAUGAGAUGAUUUUAAAAUUGAAAGUGCGAAGAUAUUCGAUUGU